AUGUUACGUAGUCUUUUAAAAAGUCAUGCUGUUGUCAGAAACGCACCAGCAUCGACAUCUGCUGCCCAGGAUAAAAGACAAAAACCAAAUGUAUGGAAAAUUGACACAGCCAAAAGGGAACGAUUAGCCGUUUUUGGUAAAUACGUUGCUGAAUGUUUACCAAAAUUUGUUCAGAAAGUACAGUUCGCAGGAGGGGACGAACUUGAACUUCUUAUUCACCCAUCUGGUGUCGUUCCUGUAGUUGCAUUUUUAAAGGGUCAUCAUUCUGCGCAGUUUACUAAUUUCAUUUUCGUUACCGGUGUCGACGUACCUACACGCAAAAAUAGAUUUGAGGUUAUUUAUGCAUUUCUUUCCACUCGUUUUAAUGCCCGGAUUCGUGUACGUACUUAUACUGACGAAAUAGCUCCUCUCGAAUCCAUUACAUCCGUGUUUCGUGGUGCGAACUGGUAUGAGAGGGAAGUUUAUGAUAUGUACGGAGUAUGGUUCAACAAUCAUCCGGAUUUGAGAAGAAUUCUGACUGAUUAUGGCUUUGAAGGACACCCACUCAGGAAAGAUUUUCCGCUGACAGGAUAUUAUGAGGUCCGGUAUGACCCUGAAUUAAGACGUGUAGUACAAGAACCAGUGGAACUCGCGCAAGAGUUUAGGAAGUUUGAUUUGGAUUCCCCUUGGGAGGCGUUUCCAGCAUUCCGAGGUCAAUCAAUCACCGCUGGCUUCCAAGAGGUUUCGGUCGACAAACUCCCUCAAGGAACCAAAGGAAAUGAAAAGUAG